AUGUUACCUCACCUACUUGAUCGAUGGAAGAAUGAGGAUGUCGAAAGUGCGGAUAUGAAAAAAAAUCCAUCAAAUAAGGAAAACAAAGACGGAAGAGUGGGAACAACACCGCCCGCUCUGGCUCAUCAGCCGAAAGAGCUUUAA